AAAUGGCAUCAUCGCCAAAAACCGAGGUGCAAAGGUCCAAAGACUUUCCCUCUCCCAAAUGCAUUGCGACAAUAUCAAUCAUCCAUCCAAUGAGUGCGCGGACUACCACAACUUUGAUCUUUUCAACUGUAACGCGACUGCACCUUUAGGAUUCUGUUACCAACAUAACUCUGUUCAACAGCUUCUCAAUUUUACCGUUGACUGCUGCGUUCGCCAGAGCGUUGGAGCGUUACUCCAUCUGUGCACCUCUCCUGGAAAAAAGGCCACUGGAAUUGGAUUGACGGCGAUUCUCGGUAUUUUAAGAAUAUGAGAGAAUCUGUGUACAGAAAGCAUUGGGGAAGUCGAAGUAACGGCAGUGAAACCGAUCAUUCCGGGCAUCUUCGAAAAUGCUCAUACACACCGCCACCUGUACCGACGGUAGUAAUCACUCAACAGCGACAACAUUCACCUAUCAUAGAUCGACACGAGCCAGCAAGCUCCCCACAAAUAUCCUUUAGAAGAAUCCGACGCCCUUCUCCCCUGAUACAAUCUCGAGACGAGGCGCCACCCAGGCGAGGAUUGAGUUCCGACAGGGAGUAUGAACAAGGCGACGAAGAGUUGUCUGUGGUACCUAGUGGCAACUUGACACCGCUUUCUUCUUACUCGCCCCUAAGAACAUUCGCUAAUUGGAACCAGACAAGUGCCGACAGCGCUAGCUAUCAUUUGGCUUCUCCGGAUGGUCAGAUUGCCAUCGAUGUUCGAUUACCUUCGCCGAAACAUCGUACGAAACUGAAACGGUGGUACGAGAAACAAGAUGCAGCCUCGGCCACCACCAGCAAUCUCAAAGGGCGCCCCCUGCAAAGCCAUUCGCAGCGCAUUCAUCAACAAGGUACCAUUCAUUUGGAGAAAACUGAUCAUUUGCUAUAUGACGAAAAACUAGAACUCCCUGUAGACGAAAUGUUGUUCUCGAAUGAAGACACGUUCGACCAGACGGCUGACCAAACCUACGAUGAGACUUACGCUACGAAUCCAAAGACGAUGUCAACGUUCGCGGAUGACCACACGCUGGACUCAGCAUGUGCUGGCCGUAGCGUUGGUCACGGUGACGACUUGAGGACGAAACAACACGUUCCGUUUGUCAGCAUCAUCGUUAUGGCUGUUCAACUUUUGAUACUAAUUACACAACUCGCCAUGUGCGGAGUUGCGAGUCUUGAUGUCAAUCCAAUGAUUGGACCAUAUCCGGACGCAUUUUCAGAAUGGGGCGGCAAGAAUGCAUACUUGAUGACUGAAGAGAAUCAGUGGUGGAGGCUACUGACAUCGUCGUUUUUGCACGUUGGCGUCCUUCACUUGCUAGCAAACGCUUUGUGCGUGAUCUGGUCUGUUGCUGUCUUUGAACAAGAGUGGGGAUCUUGUAGAUGGUUGCUCGUUUUUCUCGUCAGUUCCGUUGGAUGUACGGCCUGUGCUUCACUUGGCGACGCCGACACGAUUGGCGUUGGAAGUUCCGGGACCUUAAUGGGUCUCUACGCUGCAAAACUUGCACAAGUGAUGAGCUGCACUUGCUUUGAAGUACAUAAAUCUUUGGAUGGGAACAUUCAUUAUGACCGAAUGUGCGGCGUUUUGGUUGGGAUUGCCAUCCUUUCCAUGUUGAGUGCAUGCCAUGUUGGCGGACUGGUGACAGGGUUUUUAGUGGGGAUUUUGAUAUUCAGCACCUCUAUCAGACACUGCUGCACUCGACUCCUUUGGGCUUUACUAGGUCUUCUCGGGGUGUCCGGAUUCCUAGGCUUUGCACUGUACUCUGUGGCAGUGUAUAUUGAACCAGACGAACAGAUCGCGGACACCUGCGAAUACUUUCGAAACCUUUUCCCCGAAGACUACACUUGUGAAUGUGCUUGGUGA